AUGCCCGACUCCAUGGACGCUCCAUUGAUGGCCGGUCGCCAGGACCGGGACGACGAAUUGGACUACCGCAACGCGGACGAGGAAGUCGAUGUGCUGCCCUCAUCGAUGAAGAAUUCGCAGCAAUCGACCCCGGGUCUCUUUGUUUGGCUUUUGACCUUUGCUGCCGGCAUCAGCGGUUUGCUGUUUGGAUAUGAUACGGGCGUUAUAUCGGCAACUCUCGUUAAGAUCGAUAACUCACUUUCCGACCGAAUCCUCACGACAUUCGACAAGUCCAUCAUCACAUCGAGCACCGCUCUCUUUGCGCUUCUCGUGUCUCCCUUUUCUUCCAUCGUCGCCGAUGCACUUGGCCGCAAGCGCGUUAUACUCGUGGCCGACGUCCUCUUCAUUGUCGGCGCAUUGAUGCAAGCAUGGGCGAGUACAGUCACGUCAAUGGUGAUAGGCCGGUCAAUAGUCGGCGCGGCCGUUGGAGCUGCCAGCUUUGUCAUCCCUUUAUAUAUUGCCGAGCUGGCCCCAGCCAGCCACCGUGGGCGGCUGGUGACGAUGAAUGUUCUGUUCAUCACGGUAGGACAGGUUGUUGCGUAUAUUAUCGGCUGGGCGUUUGCAGAAUACGGUGACAAGUCGACGGGCUGGCGAUGGAUGGUUGGCCUUGGAGCUCUUCCUGCCGCUCUUCAAUGCUCGAUUCUCGUGCUGAUACCCGAGUCACCGCGAUGGCUCGUCAUGGUGGGCCAGUCACUGAAGGCGAAGAAGGUCGUCGAAAGGGUACUGGGCAACACCGUCGGCGGCAUGAGAAACGCCGAGGCCAUCAUCAAGGAGAUCGAAAUCGAGAUUAGGGAGGAGAGAGAAGUCAUGAGGCGAGAGGGUACCCCGCGCAUGGAGUGGUGGGGUGGCUGGCAAGAGCUGUUCGCCGUCGGGAGAAACAAGCGCGCCCUGGUCAUCACAUGCCUGCUCCAGGGACUUCAACAGCUCUGCGGCUUCAACUCGCUCAUGUACUUCUCGGCGACCAUCUUCAAGAUGGUAGGCUUUGGCACACCCACGCUCACCGCCAUGAGCGUUGCCGUUACCAACCUCAUCUUCACGGUGGCAGCGCUGUGUCUGAUCGACCGAAUCGGAAGGCGCAAGAUCCUGCUCUAUUCCCUACCGUUUAUGAUUGCGGGUCUGAUGCUGGCGGCAUACGGGUUCUCCUUUAUCGACCUGCGGCCCGAAACGGCGGCAGCCAGCGAGGGCGGCAAGGGCGAGGGGGCGGGCACGGACAGAGGGGCAGCAGUGUUGAUUCUCGUCAGCAUCAUGGGGUACGUUGCUGCCUACGCUCUUGGGCUAGGCAAUGUGCCAUGGAUGCAGAGCGAGCUGUUCCCGCUGGCGGUGCGGUCCAUUGGCAGUGGCGUGUCAACUGCGACGAAUUGGGGUGCCAACUUCGUCGUGGGCCUGACAUUCCUACCGCUCAUGGACGUGCUGAGCCCUUCAUGGACGUUUGUGCUUUAUGCCUUGCUGUGCCUGGUAGGAUACGGACUGAUCUGGCGUAUCUAUCCCGAGACAUCGGGACUGAGCCUGGAAGAGGCGACAAACUUGUUAGAGAGUGGAUGGGGGGUUCGGCGGUAA